GCUGUACGCAACUAAAGUCAGUCUGAGUGUCGAGAGGCUUUCAAACAGAGCUGCGCGGAAUUUGUUGAAAGUUUUUUUAAAUUAAGAGAAAUAAAUUCGCGAAUUAAUCACAUUGACCGUGGCGCUAAAUUUAUUUUCUUUUUGUAUUUUUAUUUAAAUAAAAUUAUUAUUGUUUGCUUAUUAACUUUUAAAUUUAUUUAAAUAAAAAAAAAAAAAAAUAGAAUCACAAUUUUUGAAACAAAUUGUGUUGGUGUAUAAUAGAAUCAAAAUCAAUUGUUAAAUUCUCGAAUAAAUGUUUAACAAAACGGGGUUGUGAUACCUUAUACUUGGCCUGUGAAUUCAAAACCCUUUUGUGUUAAAUUUAAUUAAAUUAAAAAUCUUAAUAGAAAUUGCCAAUAGCAACUUUCUAUUGUGAAUAAACCGUCAAAGUUAAAGUGAAAUAAAUACACAAAAAAUAAGAAAAAAAAACAACAAUAACAGUGUUUAAAUCGACCCAGAUAUGAGCUUAAAUUAGUUGAAGUUUAAGAAAGUUACAGAGAAAUAUCACGCACGCACCAAAAUCAUGGCUAAGAUGGAAAAGAAAAUUCGUUCUGUGGAUAUAACAUUUUCAAAUUUAACAUAUACCGUCGAUGCAAGAAAUGCAAAGAAAGAUGUACUUAAAUCAAUAUCAGGUAAUUUCAAAUCAGGAGAAUUGACUGCUAUAAUGGGUCCAUCUGGAGCUGGUAAAUCAAGUCUGAUGAAUAUUUUAACUGGUUUUGUAAAAUCUGGUGUCAAUGGAACAGUAUCAUUUGGAAAUACUUCAAAGUCACGUAAAAUGUGUUGUUAUAUUUUACAAGAUGAUCAUUUUUUCCCAUGGUUUACCGUUGAAGAGGCUAUGAUAUUAGCAGCUACAUUAAAAAUAUCAAAUAAUUCAAUGAAUCUCAAAGAAAAACAUAUGCUUAUUGAGCAUCUGUUAGAUAUGUUAAAACUCACAAAUGCCAAACAAACCAAAUGUGCAAGACUAUCUGGUGGUCAAAAGAAGCGAUUAUCAAUUGCGUUAGAAUUAAUUGAUAAUCCGCCUGUUCUGUUCUUGGAUGAACCAACAACAGGUUUAGAUAGUUCAUCAUCAUUUGAUACGAUAACCCUUUUGGAAGAGCUUGCCAGUGAAGGACGCACAAUUGUUUGCACAAUUCAUCAACCCUCAUCAACUGUUUAUAAUAUUUUCAAACAAAUUUAUGUCUUAGAUAAAGGCAAAUGUGCCUAUCAAGGCUCACCUCAAAAUACAGUACAAUACCUUCGUAGUUUAGGUUUGAAUUGUCCCGAAUAUCAUAAUCCUGCAGAUUAUUUACUUGAAGUUGUUUCUGGUGAAUAUGGAGACUUUUCAGCUGAACUUAUUGAAGCAGCACAAAAUAAAGUAUGGCAAUACGAUGCAAUUGAAGACGUCGAAAAUAUGGACAGUGUACAGCUAAUUAAAAUGAAUGAAGCUGUCGAAUCUGGCCAAAAACGAUGGCCAUCAAUUGAAUCAACCAAACACAUUUACCCACCUCCUGAAUGGGUUAAGCUAUGGCUACUCAUUGGAAGGUGUCAUGUUCAGUUCUUUAGAGAUUGGACGGUGACGUAUUUGAAACUGGCUAUGCACAUUAUGUGUGCGAUACUAAUUGGACUGCUUUAUGGGGAUUCAGGAUCAAAUGCAACAAAAGCGAUUUCAAAUGUUGGACUUUUCAUUUUUGGAAUUGCCUACUUAUGGUACACGACCAUGAUGCCUGGAGUAGUAAGAUUUCCAUUGGAAAUUGAAACAAUAAAAAAGGAAACGUUUAACAACUGGUACAAACUUAAAACCUACUACCUGGCAACUGUGAUAACGUCAACACCAGUUCAUAUAAUAUUUUCAUCAGUCUUUUCUACGAUACUAUAUUUAAUGACGGAUCAACCAUUCGAAUUGGAGAGAUUUGUUAAAUUCGUUCUAACAUUGAUAAUAAUGACAAUAGUUGCUGAUGGAUUUGGUGUUUUGCUUGGAACAGUACUCGAUCCUAUUAAUGGAACAUUUAUUGGCGCCGUUAUGACUUGCUAUAUGAUUAUUUACUCCGGAUUUCUAAUUCUUUUCACUCAUAUGUCAUCAAUUAUGAGAGCAGUCUCGUAUACUUCAGCUCAUCGAUAUGCUUUGGAGAGUUUGAUACUUUCCGUUUAUGAUAAUGGAAGAGUUGACAUGAAGUGUCCACCAAAUGUUAUGUAUUGUCAUUUUAAAAGCGCAGAUAUAAUUCUCAAGAAUCUCGGAAUGUCAGAAUCGAAUUAUGGUUUCAACGUUGGAAUGUUGUUUCUGCAAUUGGUUGCUUUCAAGUGUUUAGCAUAUUUCACACUACGCCGAAAACUAUUCUCUCAAUGAUACAGAACGAACAAAUAAAAUAGUUUAUAAAAAUAGAAUAAAGUAGGGACAUAAUUUAUAACUAAAUGUAAAUAGUUUUUUUUUAUUAUUUACUUCAAUUUGCUAAAUGUAAAAAAUGCACAAAAUAUUAUUGUGGAGUGUGAUAUUUAAUUUUAAGAAUAAGAAUUUAUAUGCGGUUUCAUGUUUAAUUAAUGAAACAAUUUACAUUUAUGUAAUUUGGUAUACAAUUUAUUACAUAAGUGCAUGCCUAUUUGUUGCCAAAUUUGGAAUUUGAUAUUUAUUACUAGAGAAUUAUUGAAUAAAAUAAUAUUUCUACA